CGGGGGGGGCGGGGGGCUGGGCGGCUGAGAUUAGACAACCGCGCUUGUCCUUGAGACAUGACUGCCCCAGGGUCUCCCAUCCAUACUCCCGGGACAGUUAGAUAGAGACUUCCGCGCGUCCGCCUGACAACAUGUGGGGUGCACUUGUCAGAGUCGGGCGAUGGCAGAGGAGAGCGUGUGCUCAUCGAGCUCAUGUGUUCCAGCUCCGGCAUGGCGUGGUGAAGCCGUGUCGCCUGGUCAGAUCCGUGACACGGGUCCAAGAGAGAUCCCUGGUGCACCAGGAGGGUUUACCCAAACUGCCUGUGCCGCCCCUGAAGCAGACAUGUGAGCGCUACCUGGCCGCUCUGGAGCCCAUUGUCAGCGAGGAAGAGCUGGAUCACACCCGGCAGCUGGUGGAGGAGUUUCUGAAGGGUGGCGUUGGGGAAAGGCUGCAGAAAGGCCUGGAGCGACGGGCACGCAAGACAGACAACUGGCUGUCAGAAUGGUGGAUGCAGUCAGCCUAUCUAGACUGCCGUAUGCCGGUGGCGGUCUACACCAGCCCUGGGGUUGUGCUGCCACGCAUGCACUUCCACGAUCGCCAAGGACAGAUGAGAUUUGCUGCCAAACUGAUCGCAGGAGUUCUGGACUUUAAAAAGAUGAUUGACACUGAGACCCUGCCUGUGGAGUAUCUGAGUGGGAAGCCGCUGUGUAUGGAUCAGUAUUACCAGAUUUUGUCUUCCUGUCGUAUCCCCGGUCCAAAGAGAGACACCAUUGUCAAUCACACUGUCGGGAAAACGCAUCCCACUCACAUCACCGUGGUCCACAACUUCCAGUUCUUUGUCUUGGAUGUGUACAACAGCGAUGGCACGCGCCUGACGGUGGACCAGAUGUACAUGCAGUUGGAAAAGAUCUGGAACUCUUCUUUGCAGACCAACAAGGAGCCGAUUGGCAUCCUUACAUCACAGCACCGCAACACCUGGGGAAAAGCCUACAACAACCUGAUGAAGGAUAAGACAAAUAAGGAGUCGGUGCGUGCCAUCCAGAAAAGUAUCUUCACAGUUUGCUUGGACGCCCCAAUGCCACGCGUGUCAGACGAGCUGUACCAGAGUCGCGUGGCGGCCCAGAUGCUACACGGAGGAGGAGCUCGCUGGAACAGCGGCAACCGCUGGUUUGAUAAGACGUUACAGUUCAUUGUCGGUGAGGACGGUACAUGUGGACUGGUGUAUGAACAUGCACCUGCCGAGGGUCCACCCAUCGUGUUCCUCGUGGAUUAUGUUGUUAAAUACAUGCAGAAAUCUGAAAUAGUCCGCUCCCCAAUGGUUCCUCUGCAGAUGCCUCAGAAACUACGUUUUAACAUUACACCUGAGGUCAAGAGAGACAUUGAGAGAGCCAAACAAAAUAUGAACAUAAUGGUGCAUGACUUGGAUGUUAAGGUGCUUAUGUUUGGUCAUUUUGGAAAAAAUGUGCCAAAGCAACAUAAGCUGAGUCCAGACGCUUUUGUGCAAUUGGCUCUUCAGCUUGCCUACUUCAGGAGGUAUAAUAUUUGCUGCGCUACGUAUGAGAGUGCAUCGUUACGAAUGUUUAAAUAUGGGCGAACAGAUGCCAUCCGCUCAAAUACUGUAGACUCGCUAACAUUCGUCCAGGCAAUGCAAGACCCAGCCAAACAGAACACAGAGAGGCUGGCGCUGUUGCAAAGGGCCGUUCAGACGCACAAGGACAACAUGUACAAUGCUAUUUAUGGACAAGCGAUCGACAGACACCUCCUUGGGCUGAAGAUGCAGGGUAUCGAAGAUCUGACCUCUAUGCCCGAGAUAUUCAUGGACACAUCUUUUGCUGUGGCGCAGCAUUUUAAUCUCUCAACCAGCCAGGUCGGCGCCAAGACAGACUGUGUGAUGUGCUUUGGUCCAAUGGUGCCAGAUGGCUAUGGAGUGUGUUACAAUCCCAUGGAUGAGCACAUCAACAUCGCCAUCACAGCCUUCAACAGCUGUGAGGAGACAAACGCUGCCAAGUUUGCCCGGGCUGUAGAGGGGGCUCUGUUGGACAUGAGAGCUCUCCUGGAAGACACGGCUAAAGCCGAGCAGUGAUCCCGCACAGGAGGCUGCCUUGGCGUUCGUGUCCCACUGCGCCGUAUGGGAGCUGGAACUGAACCGGUGCCGGAGUCGCUGGCGGACCGCCACGCCAGCAUCGACGCACAAUACACUGAGUGUGCUGGGGCUGAAGGAGGAAUGUGUCGCUGUUAAUGCACUGCCUUUGAAAUGAGAAGUAAAGCUCAAUCAUGGGAAUUCUAUAUUUUAAUAUAUUGUGUUAUAUGAAACCAUCAACAAUAAUUAGCUUCUGUAAAAGCAUAAAUAUUCUUUGUUUGUUUGUACUAAGCCAGUUCCUGGUGCCGUUCCCAGAAUGACACUGCCUCACUUGACUGUUGAGUGCUUUGGUUUGUAUAGCAUUUAUUUCAUGUGAAAUGUAGCACAUAACUAUGAAAAUCAAGUUUUAAAGGGUCUUGGUUUCUACUCAGUCUUUCUACUCAAUAGAAUAGAAUUGAAUGGCUGUAAAAAAUAAAAAAAAAAAGUCCUUAAACUAUAGAAAUGCGAAACAUGAAAAUGAAACCUCCUCAAGGUAGUUAUAUAUCAACGAGUCACAAAUGAAUAUUCAGCUCUGAAGCUUCCUCUUGAAUGCAGGUAGUCUCCAUGAAACUCAAUCUCGGCCAUAUUUCCGGAGGAUUGCCAUAGAAACAGAUGUUGGCCUUUAAAUACAGAGGUCUUUAACAUGUCCAUGUCCCGGAUCUAGACCAAGAAAAAAAAGAUUUAUUUUAGUAUAAUAGUUAUUACACUUGCACUUUUUUAGCCCCAAUCCAGUGUGCAGCAUACUGAAACAACAACACAAGUUUAAAAGCUGGCCCGCACCAUAAUGUAUGUGGACUGGGAGUUGGUGGCGUUGAAUCUUAUGUGUAUCGCUUGGACUCUGAUCUUCACUGAGGGAGGUGCAUUGAUGAGUACCCGACAGGUGUGGUUAGUGUGGGACGUUGUUGGGUUGUCAAAGUCGCCGCUGGGGGAAAACAACUGAACGUCACAAUCUGUGGGGCAAAGACAAGGUAUAUUUAAUCUUUGGUUAAUGCAUCGGUGUGAACAAAAUGCAUUUGAACACCUUUAUGGACAAAUACAGUCCAAUGUAAUGACUUGAGUGAAUCAUUUGUGGAGGUCAUAAAAAUGAACAUCUGUUAAAACUGCA